UUGAAGCGCGAGAGCGGAAGGGAGAUCUCGCUCGGGAUUAUUAAUGCCGUUAACGUUAUUAUCGAAUACUCUCUUUCCGCAGGAUGCUUUUAUCUUUUAAGACCCCGGGGUAUCUUUUUUAAGUGGUACGGAAAUGAUUCCAUGAGUGCGGACGUGGGACGAAGAGAAGGUCAACCGCUCUACGUGCCUUCCUCUCUUUCACAUGGCGCGCGCCAUUGAUAAUUUAUAAUAAAAUUAGAUUUUAAAUUAAGAUCUCGCGUACUCUUUUAUAUCGUUUUACCAACGUGACGGGGGAACAAUGUUGACUACCGCGUGUAAACAUAUUGAUGUUUUCCUCGUGGAGAAUUUUUCACUGUAUUUCAGGAGCCAUCUACUGGCAAGUGACGCGAAUUAAAGAAUGAAAGACGGUGGCCGGUUAGCCUCUGGUAGGCACACGUUAAGGCACACGCCAGGCUUAACGGUAGGUAACUUAAGCUCGCGUUCCCGUAUUUCGUGUCAUUAAGGCGAGAUGGCGACUAACUUCAAUCUACCGCCGCGGCAACGUGAUGAAAUCACCCGUCAGUAAUUCCAUCUCGGGGAUUCCGCGAUGCUCCGGCGUCGUUGAAAAAUGGCAUCGUACUUCCCCGAGAGAUAUAACGCCGGGGAACGUCAACAAAGUGAAGAAGCGCAGAUCCCGACACAGACGGAAAGGCCGAAACCGUCGAGGAGGAAAUUCGCGACCACUGGCGAAGAUUACGCCGCCGAACGGCACAAGAGUCGUUUACCGCAAUCGCUUCUCCGUGCUUAUCAACGUUCCGUUUUCCGUCCUGCCUUUUCCAACUAAUUCCUCACGGGACUCGGAUUUCUGUAAGAUAAAGGAAAAUAUGAUUAUCUUUCGCGAAACAUAAAUAUAAUUAUACAGGGUGUCCAUCGUUAAGUGGAACGUCCGUCAAACUUGUAGUUUAGGUCAAAGUGAGCAAAAACUAUUGAAAACUGCCGUGUGUGGGAGCUUCGUUGAUUAAUAACUCAAAAAUUAUUUGCAAAACGGUAGAGGACUUUUUCGUUCACAGUGACCUAAUCUACUAACAUUAUACGACGGAUAUUCCACUUAGCGGCGGACACCCUAUAUGCAAUGUACAAAGUAAUAUAUGCAAAUAGAGUGUCGAGGGAAGACGAUGAAGCGUGAAUACAGGCGAAAUACUUGAAAUAAAUACGCGACAAGACGGAGAAAUGGAGAGAAGCGGAAAGAGACGCGAGAGAAAAGAAACGUCUAAUUCGUAUCAAUCUCGCGAACAAGUGUCGAAUGUAUAUUUGACUCCUCCCUCGGAUGAGCCGCCCGAAGACAUCCUCUGCGAGUGAUUCACGCAUAAUAGUUCCGAGAUCUCUUCUCGCGUACCGCCUCAUGUAUAUUCACGGGGUCGCGAUUUUCCGCACGUUUCCUUCGCUUAACCGCCGGUAAUACGAGAAGCGCGGACGACCUUACAAUCGAAUCAGAUUGGCUGAUUGCUGCCGAGCUGAGAAUUCGAUGAUGACCCACGUGCGACGAGGUGACUGCGGCGGCGGCGAAGACGACGGACGGACGGCGAUGAUGAUGACGAUGAUGACAGCAAUUCUUCCUCCUCUCGUAAAGUGUGUCACGCGCGACGCCGCGAAAUGAUGAUAAUCGCGUCGGCAUCGCGCAGGAAGGUCUCGGAUACUUCUUUUCCCUGAUGCCUAGAAGGCUACGGCAUUGACCUGCCUGAAAACCCAUGCGAGCCGCGAUCGCCACCGCGAUCGUGCCCCCCCCCUUCCCCCCUCACCGAGCGCGAAAGAUGCGCUCGUGCCGAAAGACGCGACAAGCGCUCGUAAAUAGCGAGAAGAAAUACGACGACCGAGACUGAUUGAAAUAUGAUUAUGUAGGUGAAGGACAAGGACGCGACCAAGUGAAACGUCGUCGUCGGGCUUUCGCGACGAAUCGUUAAAAAUAAUUAACAAAAAAGGACGGAUCUCUCCGAACUGUGCGCGCUCGGAAUUGAUUUCAAUGACGUUGCUGCCCCGAGAAUCGGAGUCACGAGUCUCCUCCCUCCGUCCGAUAGGAAUACGGUUUCUCUCGGAGGCAGCGAAAAAUACGCUCGACGUCUUUAUUGUGGGAGGUUUUAUUGUGAAAAGAUUAAAGGGAAAUCGAAUCCGAUCAGACACCGGUGUUUCGCGUGUCCCCCGACGUCACGGUAUUGAAAUGGUGCGCGGCUGGCGCGAUAACAAUAUAUUUCGAAACGGUAUUUCGCGACAAGCGGGGGAUGGUGGUCGUUGAAAAAUUUCCCGCCGCCGGUAGUUUUAUUUAGAUUGCAAAUAUUCGCCGAAAAAUACCGCAUACGGGCGCGUUGAAUUAUCUUCGCGUGCGCGAAAAAUGGCGCGAAAGCGCAAAACCGCGUUGCUCUGGAUACAUUUCGCCCCGGCCGGCUAACUCUCUCGUAAUUGUGCGAUAAUUUAUGCUCGGCGCGCGCUCACUUCGGUCGGUUGAAUUUCUGGCAACUGUUUACCGAGGAAGCGGCUACCGGUAUCGAUGAGAUUCAUCUAAUUCUUAUCUAUCUCAGCCGGCGUGCACACACAUCGCGUUUUAUCCGGAUAGCGUGCGCGCCAGUUUCUUAUCUCACGGCUGCACGACGUUGGUAAUCGUCAUUUAUCGUGCGCAUAUAGUUAAAUAAAAGACAGCCUUGAUAAUGGUAACACCGAGCCGGGAUUUAUUCCGUCGUAUCGUCGCCAAUCGCGACUUUUCGUUACGACUCGCGACUUUUACGACGCGAUUGUUAUUACGCGCGCCCAUCAGCGCGCGUGACGUUUCAGGAAGAGAAAGAUUCGAUCAAACUUCCGUCUACACCUGCGUCACGAAUUAUCCAUAACAAUAACAUUUAUCGGCGUGCACGCGCGUAAAUGCGAAGCGCAUAUAGGAAAAAGUCAGCUGAUGCUCUUAUCUGCGCGAUUUCCGUGUACACGGCGAUCCACGGAGUACAGCGGUGAAACCGAGGCGAAAACACCGAUGCGGAUGAUAAUUCAUAAUUUCAGUUAUCACGUUUCCAUUAACGGAGGAUGCCUAUACGUCGGCCGAAUAUCAUUCCUCGUAGUUAUCACUUUAACUCUCAUCCACGACGCAAAAUUGCACUUUCACGAAUUGACAAUUUGCAUGACAAAUGAGCCCGGCUCGCUUUUCCGGAUUUACCCGUUUUCCGAUGAGGGGGGGAGGGGGGAGCAGAAGCUUCGCACAGAUCUGACUUCCCGACGCCCUCGAGAGAAGAGAGGAUCGUCUUAUCGGCGCGCGUGUCGAACAAGCGACUUCGGCAGAUAGUCAAGUGAAUUAAUAAAGAAGAAGAAGAGGCGUGACACGACGGAAGAUACGCGCUCACGCAUGAGUAUGCCCUGGAUUUGUCGAAGGAGGUGGGAGCACCUGCUACCGCUGCUACUACGAACACGCCGAGAAAGCACGCGAUAUAUUAGUCUCUGUCGGACGUACUCGCGGGAUCGGCGAGGCGUCGCGCUGCAGCGGUAUUUUCGAACAUCGUCCCCGGAGCUCGCGAUCCACGAAUCGGCCCGACGGUGAUCCACAUGGCAGGACACACGGUUCUCCCACUUUUGGCGCUGUUCAGCUGUCUGUUCGUCAUCGGGCAAACACGAACAGUCUCGCGCGUCGACGAAAGCAGCAUCGAUGUUCCCGUUUACAAGGAUUCCGAUGUAAAAAAGCCGUUCCUCUUGGAGGAGAUUUAUUUCCACUUCUACACACCGUUCGGCUUCAACGGCACGUGGAUCUCCGACGAUGAAAUCUUAAUGGAGAACACGAUUCUCGGCGAUAUCACCAAGUACAACGUAAUGACCGGGGAGACGACAACGAUGUUCGACGGGAAGAACUUACCGCUGGAAUACAAAUUCGGUUCGGGAACUUUCUCACCCGACAAACAGAACAUUCUCUUUACUUACAACGUCAAACACGUGUUCAGGCACUCGAAGAUCAUGAGUAUCGUGGUGUAUGACGUGAAACGGGGCACGUUCGAAAAGGUCGCGAACGAAUCCCGUGUCUUGCUGGCGAAGUGGUUGCCGAACGGCAACGGAUUGGUCUACGUUCGCAAUAACGACAUUUAUCACGCGGUUUUCAAGGACGGCAAGAGCAUAGUGCGAAGACUGACGAAGAGCGGCAAAUCCGGAAUUGUGUUCAACGGAAUUUCAGACUGGGUGUAUGAAGAGGAAGUAUACGCUUCGUCGACCGCGAUGUGGCAUUCGCCGCAUGGACGGUAUCUGGCCUUCGCAACCUUCAACGACACUCAAGUGAGGGAUAUGGAGUAUUCCCAUUACGGCGUGCCCGGUUCUCUUAGGGACCAAUACCCCACGCAAGUGAAGCUCAAGUAUCCCAAGGUGGGCACGCCGAAUCCGAUAGUGUCCUUGUCGGUGAUCGAUCUGACCGAUCCAUCGUCGGAGGCGGUCACGUUAGAAGCGCCCGUCCACGUGGUCGGCAGCGACAACAUCCUGUAUACCGUGAGCUGGUGGAACCUGACGCACGUGACCGCAACGUGGACGAACCGCGUGCAGAAUCAAUCCCAGCUGGUGAUGUACGAUGCGCAGGGCACCGCUAAGCUUGUUUGGUACGACGAGGAGAGGGAAGGCUGGCUUCAGCCGAACAGCCCUGUGAAAGUCGGCAAUUACGCGUUGCUCCUACGCCAAGAGGAUUCCGGCACGAGCGCCGGGAAGUUCCGGCACAUAGUGAGAUACGAGUGCGACGACGGCCGGUUCACUUCGCGAGUGGAUCUCACGCCCGGUCCCUCCGAGGUGCACUCGAUCCAGGCCGUCGAUUCGCGCAGAGGCCGAGUUUACUACUUCGCUACGGCACCGGGCGAGCCAAGCCGGAGGAAUUUGUAUUCGGUGGCUCUGGACGCGAGCCAGAACCCGACUUGCAUAUCCUGCGAGCAGCAUACGCCGGAAGGGAACAAAUGUGCCUACGCGUACGCGUCUUUUUCAAGCCGGAUGUCGCAUUACGCUCUCAGCUGCUCCGGUCCCGAUUUACUCGCGGUGACCAUACACGACGAGAACCAUCGGCGAAUCACGACGUGGGAAGAUAACAAAUUGAUAAGGGACAUGCUGUCGAAGAAAUUGAUGCCGUUGCAGAGAGAUUUCAACGUGACCGUGAACGGCUAUGAUUCCAGAGUCAGGUUAUUCCUGCCGCCGGACUUCGACGAGACGGAAUCGUACCCCAUGCUGGUAUACGUUUACGGCGGCCCGAACAGUGCCAGGAUCGUCGACGUAGCUAAGUUCGGAUACGAGCAUUACAUGACGACCAACAAACGCGUCAUUUACGCGUGGAUCGACGGACGAGGAUCAGCCUUCAAGGGCAGUAAGAUGCUGUUCGAGAUAUACAGGCGCAUAGGAACCGUCGAGGUCGAAGACACGAUCGCUGUUACCAAGAUUCUACAGGAACGGUACAGCUGGAUCGACCCGGACAGGACCGGUAUAUGGGGCUGGAGUUACGGUGGGUUCACCACCGGUAUGGUUCUCGCGACGGACGUAGAAUCCGUGUUCAAGUGCGGCAUUUCAGUCGCGCCCGUAACUUCUUGGAUCUAUUACGACUCCAUUUACACAGAGCGGUUCAUGGGGUUGCCAACCGUGGACGACAACCUAGCCGGCUACAACGCCACGGAUAUCUCGCGACGAGUGCGAGGGAUACGCGGCAAGAAGUACAUGCUGAUACACGGUACCGAGGACGACAACGUGCAUUAUCAGCAGGCGAUGGCGCUCGCCAAGUCGCUGGAGCGACGGGACAUCCUAUUUGAACAGGUCACGUACACGGACGAGGUGCACGCUCUCUUGCGCGUGUCCCCCCACCUCUAUCACACGAUGGACAAAUUUUGGAGCGAGUGCUUCGGCCUGGAUCGCACCCGCUGACCUGGUGCUCCGCCGCGACGAGUCGACGCGGAUGAGAAUCGUUCGCAGCGAGCCGAGGAUUCGCUCGUCCCCGAACGCACCAGUUUCUCCGCGAAACGAUCGAGAAUACACUCUCGGGGAUCCGUUCGGACGAUCCUCCGUGACAUUACGUCGACUCUCUUCUUUGUGGAGAAUAUUUGACGUAACGUGUCCUCGGCAACGUCAAUGACGUCGGGAUGUUCCCCGUGGAAAUUCAGGACGACGACAGUUCCGAGAUACACUCUGUAUCCACGCAGAUAUCCUGCAGACACGUCCGAACGCAUUAAAACUCGAUCGUACAAAGAAAUUCGCGAUAUGAUAUUGAAUUUUUCAUCCCCUUUGUAACGUUGUUAUCCCGUUUGUGUGUUGGUUUGAAAAUUUAUCUUCGCACCGGUCACGGUCUUGAUCUCAAUGGCUCAACGGCUCCCGUCGAAGAACCCGCGUAGGAGCGGCUUGCAAAAAAGUUCCUGUUACAAUUUAGUGCCAAAUACGACCGCCGGUUCGUCGAUGAGCCGGUCGACUGAUUGAGCGAAUGUUAACACGUCCGUCACUCGUAACUCGCCGUCGUUCGAGCGCUUCCACCGACGCCGCAUUCCCGUGGAAAUGAAUUCGUCGAUGCCGCGUCAGACCGGACGAAAUUAUCAGUGGCAGUUGUAUUAAGCGGGGCUGCUGCGAACGAUGGCUGUUGGCUCGACAUACAUACGUUGAUCUGUAAGUCGGUCCGCUCGCGGUUCGGCCAGCGUGAUCGCGACGGGCUUCAUUAAAAUUACGCGGACGGACUUAAACGAAGCAAUAAUUCGACAAAUACUGUCGAAACGAGCGACAAUUGUGACGAAAUAAUAAAAUCUAUUCAUUGACACACA